CCCAAUCACAGACAAUACAACACAACCCUCGUCUAUUCUCUCCGAAGAUUGGUUUGUUGUAUUGUGUUGUUUCACAGAGACACAACAGAUUCACUCACCAACCCUCUUCUCUCUCCUCAUUCUCCUCCCUUUCCUCUCGCAUUCUCCGCCAACCCUUUUUCAAAACACCAAAAGGGUUUAAUCUAUCACACUUUUUGAUUAAUGGGUUUCAAAGGAAUCAACAAAAACAAUCCCUUUGAUGACAAAAGAAACAAUUUUUUCUCAAUCUCCAAUUUAGGUUCUCAAUGGAAUAACCAUCAUGAAGAACAACAAGGGUACCCUUAUCCUAUUGGUGGUUUAUUUGCAAGCAUGAGUAGUAGUCAAAUGGGACCAGGUUUUGGUGCUGCUGCUGGUGGAAUUCCACAACCAAACCCAUCUUCAGAUUCAUCUCCUCAACGAAACAAUGGUAUGAAAAUCCCCUGCACUGAGUUGUACGUAAGGUAUGUACAAUCAGAAGGUAAAGUUAAGAUUCUUGGUGUUCCUGAUGAACAAGAUGAGAUUCUUGGUGUUGAUAAAAAGAAAAAGGGUGGUCUUAAAAAGUUUAAGAUUAAGGUAAAAAACCCAUCUUUGAGAAGAUUGAUUAGUGGGGCUUUUGCUGGGGCUGUUUCUCGUACUGCUGUUGCACCUUUGGAAACUAUUAGGACUCAUUUGAUGGUUGGAACUAGUGGUCAUUCUAGUGGUGAGGUUUUCAGUGAUAUCAUGAAGACUGAUGGAUGGAAAGGCUUGUUUAGAGGGAAUUUUGUUAAUGUUAUUAGGGUUGCACCUAGCAAGGCUAUUGAGCUAUUUGCUUAUGAUACAGUUAAGAAGAACCUCUCAUCAAAGCCCGGGGAAAAGCCAAAAAUCCCAAUUUCUCCGUCAUUGGUAGCAGGCGCUUGUGCUGGAGUUAGUUCAACUAUUGUCACAUAUCCUCUGGAAUUACUCAAGACUAGAUUAACUGUCCAGAGAGGUGUUUAUAACGGUCUAUUUGACGCGUUCGUGAAAAUAAUUCGAGAAGAGGGUGCUUCAGAACUUUACAGAGGCCUUGCACCUAGUCUUAUUGGAGUCAUUCCAUAUUCUGCUACCAACUACUUUGCCUAUGACACUUUAAGGAAAGUUUACAAGAAAGUUUUUAAACAAGAGAAGAUUGGAAACAUCGAAACCCUUUUGAUAGGAUCUGCGGCCGGUGCUAUUUCAAGUACCGCUACUUUUCCGCUUGAAGUGGCUCGCAAGCAAAUGCAAGUGGGAGCACUCAGUGGAAGACAAGUUUACAAGAAUGUGAUUCAUGCACUUGCAUGCAUACUUGAGAAAGAAGGUAUCCAAGGUUUGUAUAGGGGAUUGGGACCAAGCUGCAUGAAGUUGGUUCCGGCUGCUGGAAUCUCUUUCAUGUGUUAUGAAGCAUGCAAGAGGAUAUUGGUGGAGGAAGAUGAUGAAGAAAAUAAUGAGUAGAACACAUUACCUUAGUGCUGAUAUUUUUUUUUUUUU